AUGCCUGAAAUAACUGUCACUGUCAAGUGCUCUAAUGACCAAAAAUAUAGCGUGACGAUAGACACCUCUAAAACUGUACUGGAAUUUAAAAAUGCCAUUGCUGAAAAAAGCAACACUGCAGCGGACAAACAAAGGUUGAUAUAUUCUGGGAGAGUCUUAAAAGACAAUGACACCCUUGAGACUUACAAGAUCACUGAAGGUCACACUGUGCACAUGGUGAGAAGUCAGGCUUCCACCGCAACACAAAAUCAUUUUAAAACAUUAUCACCGUGUUCCACGGAGAUUUUUGCAUUGCGAGAUUCAUCCCAGACAUCGUCACGAACUACAUCUUCCGCAACGACCUCAACGACUUCGGAAAACCCUCCGCCAACAACGCAACCAGGUGUUCCUCCUUUCACAUUCCCUCCAACGAAUCCAUUCAUUCCAACUCCAUUUGGAUAUGGAGGCUCUAAUCAAAAUCCAUAUGGUUUUCCGAAUGCGAACCUGAUGAUGAUGGAACAGAUUAUGCAGAACCCGGUUAUGAUGCAACGCAUUCAGCAAAUGAUUCAGGAUCCAACAUUUAUUGAUAGCAUGAUUGCCAUGUACCCAAAUCUUUCACAGUUAGAACCUCAGAUUAGACAGAUGUUUCAGGAUCCGGAGGUCCUGGCUUUAAUGUCAAAUCCCGAAGUAAUUAGGAAUAUGGCCACCAUGAACCCGAAUUUUUUCAACGGUAGCGGCGGCGGCGGCAUUCCUGGAUUCCCCGGAUCAAACACUCCAGCAACCACCAAUAACAACGCAACCACCAAUCCUUCUGAUCCUUCGUCGAGGACAACCAAUGCCGACACUACUUCUCCUACCAAUCCUGCAACACCCGCAAAUAAUCUGCCAUUCUUUAAUCCCACACAAGCUUUCAUCCCACUGUUUGAUCCAACAUUAUUGGGGGCUCUUGCAAUGCCUCCCACGGCCUCACCGGCUGCACCACAAAUACCACCGGAAGAAAGGUUUCAGGUUCAACUUCGACAGUUAAAUGAGAUGGGAUUUUUUGAUGCUCAGAAAAAUAUCCGUGCAUUGCAAGUGUGUCAGGGCGAUGUUAAUUUAGCUAUCGAGCGACUGUUAGACCCUUCAUUUAAUUGA